AUGCCUUUUAAAGCAUUUGAUACCUUCAAAGAAAAAAUUCUGAAACCUGGAAAGGAAGGAGUGAAGAAUGCUGUGGGGGAUUCGUUGGGGAUUUUACAAAGGAAAAUCGAUGGGACCAGUGAGGAAGAAGGUAACAUUGAGCUGAAUGAAGAAGGAAGGCCAGUGCAGACGUCCAGGCAGAGCCCCCCACUCUGUGACUGCCACUGCUGUGGCCUCCCCAAGCGCUACAUCAUUGCCAUCAUGAGUGGGCUGGGAUUCUGCAUUUCCUUUGGGAUUCGGUGCAACCUUGGAGUUGCCAUUGUGGAAAUGGUCAACAACAACACUAUAUAUGUUGAUGGAAAACCGGAAAUUCAGACAGCACAAUUUAACUGGGAUCCAGAGACGGUGGGCCUUAUCCAUGGAUCUUUUUUCUGGGGUUAUAUUGUGACACAAAUUCCAGGUGGUUUCAUUUCAAAUAAGUUUGCUGCUAACAGGGUCUUUGGAGCCGCCAUCUUCUUAACAUCAACCUUGAACAUGUUCAUUCCUUCUGCAGCCAGAGUACAUUACGGAUGUGUCAUGUGUGUCAGAAUUUUGCAAGGUCUAGUGGAGGGUGUGACCUACCCAGCCUGCCAUGGGAUGUGGAGUAAGUGGGCACCGCCUUUGGAGAGAAGCCGACUGGCCACAACUUCUUUUUGUGGUUCCUAUGCGGGGGCAGUGAUUGCCAUGCCGCUGGCCGGCGUGUUGGUACAGUACAUAGGAUGGGCCUCUGUCUUUUAUAUUUAUGGUAUGUUUGGGAUUAUUUGGUACAUGUUUUGGCUGUUGCAGGCCUAUGAGUGUCCAGCAGUUCACCCAACAAUAUCCCAUGAGGAAAGGACCUAUAUAGAGACAAGUAUAGGAGAAGGAGCCAACUUGGUUAGUCUCAGUAAAUUUAAUACACCAUGGAAAAGAUUUUUUACAUCGUUGCCGGUUUACGCAAUCAUUGUGGCAAAUUUUUGCAGAAGCUGGACCUUUUACUUGCUGUUAAUAAGUCAGCCUGCUUAUUUUGAAGAGGUCUUUGGAUUUGCAAUAAGUAAGGUGGGUCUCUUGUCAGCACUCCCACACAUGGUUAUGACAAUCAUUGUGCCUAUUGGAGGACAACUGGCUGAUUAUUUAAGAAGCAGAAAAAUUUUGACCACAACUGCUGUCAGAAAAAUCAUGAACUGUGGAGGUUUUGGCAUGGAGGCAACCUUACUCCUUGUGGUUGGCUUUUCCCAUACCAAAGGGGUGGCUAUCUCCUUUCUGGUGCUUGCCGUAGGAUUUAGUGGUUUUGCUAUUUCAGGUUUUAAUGUCAACCACUUGGACAUUGCGCCCCGCUAUGCCAGCAUACUCAUGGGGAUCUCAAACGGAGUGGGAACCCUCUCUGGAAUGGUCUGUCCCCUCAUUGUGGGUGCGAUGACCAAGAACAAGACCCGUGAGGAAUGGCAGAAUGUGUUCCUCAUAGCUGCCCUGGUGCACUACAGUGGCGUGAUCUUCUAUGGGGUCUUUGCUUCUGGGGAGAAACAGGAGUGGGCUGACCCUGAGAACCUUUCUGAGGAGAAGUGCGGAAUCAUUGACAGAGAUGAAUUAGCAGAGGAGAUAGAACUCAACCCUGAGAGUUUCACAAGUCCCAAAAAGAAGACGUCGUAUGGAGCCACCACCCAGAAUUGUGAAGUCCAAAGGGAGGAAUGGAGAGGACAGAGAGAAGUGACUCUUGAUGAGGAAGAGCUGACAUCCUACCAGAAUGAAGAGGGAAACUUCUCAGAUACAUCCUAAUGUCUGAGGGGGCACUUCUGGUUCCUCCUCACUUUAGAACCAGAAAGUAUCCAUUCCUAUUGCUUUCUAUUGCCAGAGGGUCAACUCUAGGGACACUGGAUGUGGGGGAACGGGGAGAGGAGGUUUACUUAGCAAUAGGGAAAAGAUAGAUAUUAUCUUGCAAUGACAACCUGCUCUAAGUUGAUAAAAUCGGUGGCUAUAAUUUUUUUGAUUGGCAGUUGACUCUUCUCUCUAAGAACUAAACUUAUUCAGGAAAGAAUGACUAGAAAAAUAAGAAAGGCAAUACCAUGUUUUUCAAAGAAAAAUGGAAGGAAAUGGGGAUAUUUGGCCUGGAGGAGAGAAAACAAUAGUUGCUACUACAUUUCUGAGAGCAGCCACGCAGAGGAGGGUUUCCUAUUCCUAAUAAAGGCCACGACCUACAAAGGCCCUGUAUUGUGCCAGGUACUUUAUAACAUUCUCAUUUAAUCUCCACACCCCUAUGACAUACAUUUUUUAUCCCCAUUUUACAACUAAGGAAACGAAAGCAACAGGAGAUUGACUUGCCCAAGGUCAUCCAGCCAGGGACAGUGCUGAGAUUGGUGGAGUCCAAAAUAGGUGGCAGUUUUGGAGAAGACGGUUUCACUUCAGAUUAGAGAAGACAUUUUUAAUGAUGAAAACUGAAAAUGGAGUGGGUUGUCCUGUGGAUAAUUCCCUAUUUUGGCAGGCGUGGGGGAUGGAAAACAUUUGGAUUGAUGUGGCAGAGAGCGUUCAAAUAUUGUGUGAGAGACUGGAUUCAAAGACCUUUAGGGUCCUAGGUGGUCUGAAGAGCCAAAUGAUUCUGUGAAUCCAUAGUUUUUCUAAAUAAGAAGGGUCACAGACUAU